AUGGAGAUGACACCAGAAGCGUGUUCAACUGAUAAAGCAUUCUAUGAUUCAGAAGUUUCACAAUGCCAAUCUAGCAUACAACAGCAAUAUCCUCAAUAUCUGCAGCUACCACAACGGUGUUCUUUAUCUACUGAUUACCUUCAAGAGCACAACUUAUCCAAGCAACCACCACCACCUUCUACGCCAUCAAGUACGUUAUCAUCACCAAAGCUAACGUUUCGAGAAUCACUACGGGAAUCUCUGCGUGACAUACAUGUCCCGAAAAUUUUAUCAAAUCUACGGAAAUCAGCUUCUGAAAUAAGCUUAGUAUUCGAAGCAAUGCGUUACGGGUCUUCUCCUAUUCAUAUGCGAAAAUACGGCAUGCCAUCAUCAUCAGGUUUCGAUGAUAUCGCCAAUGGUAGAUAUUCGAAAUCAACAGGUGGCAAUGAUGGUACAUCAACCUUUCAGAAACGUAAACGUAAUGCAAUUGUCACUUGGCAUAAUUAUUCGCCGCAUCAUCUCAGCAAACAACUUCGAUGUGGUAAAUUAUAA